GGAAAACCAUGACACACUCCACUUGAGGUAUACAACUCGGGUAAACUUCAUCAUAAGCUCUGAUUCGACCAGUAGUGUCUAAGUAGAGAACUUUCACAAGGUUAAUAUACUUAUUUGGUACACCUUUCAGUGAUAAACUCGGUCACGAAACCUCUCAAUCGACAAGUUCAGAUGCUUCCUUGCGGUCAUGAAACUGUCCGCCGGUAUGUGUGCCUGUUUUCCAAAAUCUGACGAAAAGUAAAUAUUCAGUUCAUACAUGCACCUUUAUGCGUGAAACAUUCGCGAUGCUCCUCAGUUCGCUUCUGACGAGUUCUAGUUAAGCAUCACGUGAUUAUAGAUACAAAUAUUUCAAAUACUGUCAGUCGAGUUGACUUGUUUGUGGUUAUCACAAGAAGAUUGCUAUCCUUUUUUAUAAACUGAAAAUCAUCGAUCAAGAUCAGCCAGACGGGAGCAUAUCCUACUCCCAAACUCUUACCAGUAUUCCAGUCACCCUAGCUGAUCAGAGUUCAAGCUUGUGGCUGAAAAGAGAUGUCAGUCUUUUGUCAAGCCUUUCAAAUGAUGGGUGAUGAUGAUAUGAUCUAUUUGUGUCCACCGUUGUGUUGAUGUCGGAAGGUACCAGUCCUCACAUUAUCUCUUGUUAUGUUCAAAGUUUGUAGUUGCUAGGACUAAACGGUUGUUUGAGCGUAUUUAGAGGAGACGGUCACCGUUAUCUGCUGCGUUUUCCUGUGAUGCCCUCAGGCACAAUGAAGUAUUUUUCAGUUUGAUUUAGCUUACGGAUGUGAGCGUUAAGGCGAUCUGCUACUACUAUUUUGUAAGAGUGCCUGGUUUUCCUAAUGUCGUAAAGUUUUUUGUAAGUCACUUUGUACUCUAUUUAAGAUGAAGUUAUCGGAACUUUGGCCGAGAUGACGAAGGGACAGUGUGGUUUGUCAGUAUAUUUCGGUGUUCUUACUAUAUUGUUGAGAUGGACAGCAAAUAAGCGAAGUUACUAACUGCAUUUGGCGAUUUGUGUAUGUAAAUGUCUUAAUGCUAAAAGUAUAAAAUUAUCCUGAAAAGAUUUAUUUGCAGAAAUAAAAUUUUUAGGAGAAAUUAAAAUGCUGUAUCCUCAAUUUUAAGUAAAAGUAAAUUCAGCUUGUUUACUGUUGGUUGAGCAUAAUUCUCGUCAAUUUUUAUAUCAUUGUUCGUCUCUAGAUCAUUUAAGCCUUUGAACUGAAAUAGAAUGGCUCGUAUUGAACUCAUACGUAGAUUGCGACUAUUCACAGUUUUACGUCGAAUGUCAGAUUAUGAUAAUCGAUUUGGUACAACCAAACUAGUGAUGCCAGUUGUUUCACGUCCUGCUUCAUUUUUUUCUUUCAUCAAGUCGAAGCUUAGUGAAGCUGCCUCUAGUCAGUCUAAAGACUCUCAGAGUGUACCAAAUGACAGUGAGUGGUUGGAUGCAGUCCAAGAAGUUGAAAAAUCGGAAUUGUUACAUUGGAAAGGAUCUGAUACUAGUAUGACUAGGACAGAACUUCGAAAAUGGAAGAAACGUACAUUCCUUCAUAUUUUAGAAAUGUUUAUUCAACGAUCAGGACCAAGUCGUAAAGGUUUCACUUCGUUUAUUGAAAAUGCACUAAUUAAAAUGCCUGAAUAUGAAGUGGUUGAUGAUUUAGAUUGUUAUAAAGCAGUAAUUCGUUUAUUUCCUACUGGACGAAUGGUUGUGAAACGUUUCUUACAAGCUGAUUUUGGUCAUUUUCCAAAACAACAACAAGUUAUGAUUGACAUAUUAAGUCAAAUGUCAAGAUAUCACGUCCUGCCAGAUGAUGAAGUUGGCCAAAUGAUUAUCGACAUUUUCGGUUGGCGUAAUCAUGCUAUGAAUGCUUAUCGUCGUCUAAUGUAUUGGAUGCCUAAAUUGUAUUAUAGUAAUCCAUGGACAUUACCACUUCGUAUCGUUGAUGAUCUUGAUUUAGAUCCCAUUAAAUUGGGCUGUUUAAUUGCUGAAAGAAUAUGCCCCGAUCGGAUGACAGAAUUCACUGUUGUACAGAUGUCUUCAUCUAAUCCUAAUAGACCAGAUUCACUUAUCAGUGCUCAAAGUCCUGAACAGCGUGCAUUACUAGCAUAUUGUACUAAUAAACAAAUUCACAAUGAUCAAAUUAAUAAUACUCAAUGUACAAAACCAACGAUUUAUUUAGAUGGACCACAUUAUGUAUGGUUUAGAAAUUUACAAGCUGCUUAUUACACCUUAUGGACAGAGAUCGAUGCUGAUCGAUUAAAAAAAGAAAUUAAUUCAGUAAAAGUUAACCAAGUGCCAAAGCAUAGUGCAGACGAACCGUAUAAUCUUUCGUUCUUCAACUAUUCUAAUGAUAGUUCAAAUAUAGUACUGAAUAGUUCCAAUUCCCAAAAUGCGAAUCGCUCACUUUUUCCACAUAUGAGUCUUCUUCCUACAGUGAGUUCAGUUGGUACUGAAUUGCACCAUUGUAAUGAAGAUAAUGUCUUUACAAGAUUUAUAAGUAAGUGUGAACCAGAAUUCGAUAAACGUUGGCUUUCAAUUCGUCAAAGUCAUGUCUAUAAAUACUUACCAUCCAAUCUAUGUCAACAUGAACAAGGUGAGGGUACAAUACUUGCUGUUGGAGUUGUUGUACCUAAACCAGAUGCUUUGGAUAAUCAGAAAAAGUUAUAUGAUUGGGAAGUUUCUAACAGAAUUCAUCAUACAGAUUCAAAAGAUUGUAAACAACGAAAUCAAAAAGAAAGAUACAAUUUACCACAAAUCCCAUCACCUGCAUCUUCCGCACUUAUUCGACUUUGGUUAAGUGAACUGCACGCUAAAAAUCCUUUCUUUGAUGAUGCUGCAUUAGUUAUUCGAGUUCCAAUGAAUAUUGAUCAGGGCCAAAAAUCUGGAAAUAAUAGUCGUACUGAUGAUGAUUUACAUUUACAGAAUCAAGAUAAGGAUAUUAAGUAUGAAUCGUGUAAUUAACGGACACAUUACAUUGUGUAAAUAAAUUGUUUGCGUUUUGAGUAAACAAUAGUAAUAAUUUUAAUUAAAAUGUACAUAUAAACCUCAAUGUUGAUUAUCAGUCUUAUCAACUUAGGUAUGGACUAUUUUCUAUGUAUUAGUGGAAUCAUUGUUAAAGAAUAUGCUUUUUCCUCAUGUAUUUUACACAUAAUACGUAUCCCUACCUGUUAGAGCAACAAUUAUUAAUCACAAGUAGGGACUGUGAUUUUAUGAUUAUUCGAUAUCUUAAUGAAUGUAUCUUAGUUUAAUUUAUCCAUAGUUUUGCAUUAAAAAACCAAUUGAUAC